GAGAACGUCAGCACGUCGAUGCGGGGGUUUUUCUGUGGCCGGGACCAGCUAACCAGGGUUGGGUGAAUGGGCGCUGGGGGUUUCGCCGUCCCUUGGGGAGAAGGAUAGUUGUUCUCUUCUCACAGGCGGACGCGGCGGCGCGUGGUGCUCAGACGGGUCGCCUUCCCUGCCGCCAGCUUUUCCUCCGGGCCUACCCACCGCUUAGUCUUGUCCGAGAGGUCGGGGCUACAGGAUCGGCCUGGGCAAGCUGGGGGCCUGUCCCUGCUGCUGGCUCGGAUGGGCGGUGGCAAGAAGAGCGACCUGGGAUGUUUGGCCUGAUGGCCAAUUGCUGCAGCUGGUUCAAACGCUGGCGGGAGCCUGUCAGAAAGGUGACUCUUGUGAUGGUGGGACUUGAUAAUGCUGGUAAAACGGCAACAGCAAAGGGAAUCAAAGGAGGGUCUUACUAUGUAGUUUAGACUGUCGUGAGCUUACUUUGUAGCCCAGGCUGGUCUUGAACUUGCAACAGUCCUCCUGCCUCAGCCUUCCAAGUGCUGGGAUUACAGAGCAUCCUGAAGAUGUAGCUCCUACAGUUGGAUUUUCCAAAAUUGAUCUUAAACAAGGAAAGUUUGAGGUCACCAUCUUUGACCUGGGAGGUGGAAAAAGAAUUCGGGGAAUUUGGAAGAAUUACUAUGCAGAGUCCUAUGGGGUAAUAUUUGUUGUGGAUUCCAGUGAUGAAGAGAGAAUGGAAGAGACAAAAGAGACAAUGUCAGAAGUGCUAAGACAUCCUAGGAUAUCAGGAAAGCCUGUAUUGGUGUUGGCAAAUAAACAGGACAAAGAAGGGGCUUUAGGAGAAGCUGAUGUGAUUGAGUGUCUGUCUUUAGAAAAAUUGGUUAAUGAGCACAAGUGCCUGUGUCAGAUAGAACCUUGUUCGGCAGUCUUGGGGUAUGGAAAGAAAAUUGACAAAUCUAUUAAAAAGGGCCUUUACUGGCUGCUACAUAUCAUUGCAAGAGACUUUGAUAUCUUAAGUGAAAGGAUCCAAAAGGACACAACUGAACAACGAGCUCUUGAGGAACAGGAGAAACGAGAAAGAGCUGAACGAGUGCGAAAGUUACGAGAAGAAAGGGAAGAAAGAGAAAGAGAGCAAGCAGAACUGGAUGGAACCAGUGGUCUGGAUGAGUUGGACCCAAGACCAAUUACUGCUAAUCCUUUCCAGCCGAUAGCAUCUGUAAUAAUGGAGAAUGAAAAGAAACUUGAAAAAGAGACAAAGAAACAAACAGUGGAAAAAGAUAGUGAUAUUUGUCCCCUGCAACAGAAAAUGGAACAUGAACAAUUAGAAACACAAAGCCAGACUAGUGACAAUAGCCAAAAAAACAAUGAAUUUGAAGUAGUAGAAAAUUACAAGGAAGCCUUAACACAGCAAUUGGAUGAAGAAGAGACAGAUCAGCGAUCUUCAGAAUCAGAUAAUAGUAAAAAGAAAACUAAGAAACUAAGAAUGAAAAGGAGUCACCGAGUAGAACCAGUUAAUACAGAUGACUCCAUUCCUAAGAGUGCAACGCCACCCCCUCCUCCCGUUCCUGUUGGCUGGGGAACCCCCAAAGUCACUAGACUUCCAAAACUUGAGCCUCUUGGUGAAACACAUCAUAAUGAUUUCUAUGGGAAGCCUCUUCCUCCUCUGGCUGUGAGACAGAGACCUAACAGUGACACUCAUGAUUUGAUCUCAUAACCGAGUCAUAUGGAAUAGCUCUGUGCACAUCAUCAGCGAGCUGACCAGAACUUUUUCUCAAAAGGAGAGAAACCUUGAUCACUGAUGACUGGGGCCAGAUUGCCAUAUUGAUUUUUAGUGAAGAAAUUACUAGCCAUGGCCCUAUCCUGAUAAUCACAUCUCCAUGUUCUUCAUGGUUAAAGCAGAAAGGAAACUAAAUGACUAAUACAUGGGAUAAGCCUUUGGACCAAUUUGGCAAGAUUUAAUGUUGACUUUUUGGUUUAUACACCCCCAUUCAUGAGCAUAUUCUUGAAACAAAACCUCUUCAGAAAGAGAGCCAAUGAACUUUGCAUAUAACCUCGCUUGGUAGUCUGUAUUUCUAAGUUAAACAUUUUUUAAAAUGCAUAUGCAUGAACAGGGAACUCCUGCAAAUUUAUAAUCUAGAUUUUUAACUAUUUCUGUAUUUUUCUAAAGCUUUUUUAAAAAUUACUAUUACACUGUGCACUUUUCUACAGAUGCUUUGUUUAAAUUGUGUCUGGAAAAUAGAGUUGAUGUACUUAAUAGACAUGCACUAAACAAGAAAUAUUUAUGACUUGAGGUAUGUUUUGUAGUAACAUUAUUCUUGAACUGUGAAUCCUAAUUUGACCUUUAAAGAAAAAAAAUUCUCCAAUCAUUAUUCUAUCAAAUUAUAUGAUUUGGAAAUAUCACCCAAGGGGAGAGUUCAAAUUUGUUUUUGUUUUCUGUCUACUUUGGUGAUAAUCUCAAGAAAUUAAAAAGUCUAGAUAUACUUUUUAACCUAAAAUUUUAAAAUCAAUAAAAAUAUGUUCAUUAAACUCCUAAAUGUCAGACACUUUCAGAGCUCAAGGUGCUGUCACUUCUUUGUUUUAUCAGAAGCCAUAGUUACUCUUUAAGAUUAUUCUAAUUGUUUCAUGCCUUGAAGGUAAAGGCAAAACAUAUUGAAAGUCUCCUGCAGGUACAGAGACUAUUACAACAAAUAGCUUUGGUACUAAAGCAAUGAGGAUAAAAAUUUGGCUCAAACACAUUUAUAAAGAGAUGAUUCCAAAGUAAUUGCUCAAUUUAAAAUGUAUUUGUCUUGCACUUAAAAAUGACAUAAAUAGAAUUCUCUAUUUUUCUGUUAUUUUGGUAAAGAAGCAUUCAUUUAAUUGACAGCAUACCUUUAUAUCCAGGUGAAAAUCAUAUAAGAAAAUAUCUCUACCACUUUAAGAUUGUUGUAUUUGGUACUGUAUACAGACAGCAAGCAUAUAGUAUUAUCUGAGGAUCACAUAAAUAAGUACAUCUCUAGCAUAUUUAAUAUGAUUACUUUUUUAAAGAUUUUACUUUAGAGCAUCACAUUUUUAACUGAUUGGACGUUUAUUAAUCAGGCUGCUAUAGUCAGCAUGGUACAAUUUCUUGGAAUUUGUCCAUGAACCUACCUGGCAUACUGAGUGAGCAAAAAACAUUCUACAUCAGAUGCAAGACAGAUGACAAUCCAAAUUUGAGAAGUGGCUGAAAUAUGUGGGAAAAUACUGCAGAAGACACAGUGUAAACUUUGAAUUGGAAUUUAGAGGAAUUAUUGCUCAUCUCCUUUGUUCCUUUUGUAACAUUUAUGUUUAUUUUAAAAAGGCUUGUGUGUAUUCAUCUGGCUUGAAAAUAAAGUUGUUAACAUUUUUGUUUCCUACCAGUGUUUACUGUAAUACACAGUAAUUACUGAUUCCAUUUAAUAAACACAAAUAAAAUGGUCUUAAAAUUGUAUUGUAAAACAGAAUCAAUGUUUUAUAUAGCUCUCUUAAACAUUAAUUUGCUUUCAUGAAGCACUCUAAAAAUGCUUUACAAGAUAUUUUGUAAAUCCAGGUGGAUUUUAACAAUUAAUUGCCUAUUUUGAUAUAUACUACAUUUAUAUAUGCUACAUUUUAAUUCUUAAUUAUCUUGAAUUAUGACAUUUUAAAUAAUAAAAGUAAUUUAUAUCAGUA